AUGAUGACUCUACGAUUAUUCAGAAGGUACUCAACCAUCACUGAAUGGCAUGAAUCACAGGUCAUAAUUGAUCGUAAAUCGAGAUUUCAAGCCCGUAACGUUCCUCUUUCUUCUCCUGAAGAAAUCCCAGGAAUACUAAAACAAUUCCUUGCUCAACAUAGGAGUAUCGCGAAAAAUGCUAGUCAUCCUCACAUUUUGGCCUGGAGGGUGGGCGAGUUAUCACCGGAAAGCACGGACAAUAAGCCAAAGUUUCUCAAUAUACAACAGGGAUUCAAGGACAACGGUGAAAGCGGUGCUGGUCUGAGGUUGCUCGAACAUUUGGGUCAGCGCGGUGUUAUGAACAAACUUGUGAUAGUAACCCGUUGGUAUGGUGGGAACCCCAUCGGGGCUCUGAGAUUUAGACAUAUACUGAAUUGUUCAUUUGAUAGUUUACGACUUUCUGAAACAAAAAAAUAG